CAUCACAACCACCAAUGUGGAGUCUUCAUUUGAUGAAAGCCCAAUGUCAGAUAUUACUAAGAGAAGAAAGGUUGUACUGUUUAUUCAUUAAGAGUUGUAGAGUUACGCUCUUUGAUUUGAUUGGACCUGAUGGGAGGCAGCUGUAAGGUUUCCCUCCUCUGUCCUGGCUACUACAAGCUUCAGCCUCACAGAUAGACAGAGCAACCAGCCUGCAAGAAGAGCACUGUCGAGACUGUUUCUCCUCGUGGAACUUGUUUAGUCGGCCAACGCUGCAUCUUGUUUCAUAUCUCCAUUCUCAGAGUGCAAACAAGUAGUUGAUGGUGUUGACCUUUGACUAAGAACAGUCGAACAACGGCCGCUGAUAACAGCUUGAUCGGCUGCCAGAGGACCCAAAUACAAGACUCCGCUGAAGAGCUCUUCUCGUUUUCCCACGCCAUCCUUGAAGUCGAGUGCAAUCAUGGGGGCCACAGGCUACGGCUACUACCGCGUACCCAUCUUCAUCUGCAUGUUCAUCGGCUACUCGCUUUACUUCUUCAACAGGAAGACCUUCUCCUUCGUCAUGCCGUCUGUGAUGGAGGAGAUUGAACUGGACAAAGCUGACCUAGGAAUGAUCACCAGCAGCCAGACCAUGGCCUAUGCAAUCAGCAAGUUCAUCAGCGGCGUGCUGUCAGACCAGAUCAGCGCUCGCUGGCUCUUCUCCAUCGGCCUCUUCUUGGUGGGAGGCAUCAACAUCGCCUUUUCCUGGUCCUCCACUGUAUCCAUGUUCUCACUGCUCUGGUUCAUCAACGGCCUGGGACAAGGCUGCGGCUGGCCCCCGUGUGGGAAGGUGCUACGCAAGUGGUUCGAGCCCUCCCAGUUCGGAACAUGGUGGUCCGUGCUGUCCUGCAGUAUGAACCUGGCCGGGAGUCUGGGUCCGAUCCUGGUCACGGUGCUCCUGCAGUACUACGACUGGAGGGCUAUCAUGACCAUGUCGGGCAUUUUCUGUGCCGCCUUCUCGUUUGUGUGUCUGGUGUUUGUGAAGAAUGAGCCAAAGGAUGUGGGCCUGCCCAGCAUCGAGGUUGCAGCCAAGAAGGGAGCUAAGGGGGGUAACAGCGAGAGCACCCUGAGUGAAUUCCUGCUCUCUCCUUUCCUGUGGGUGCUGUCUCUGGGCUACUUGGUGGUGUUUGGAGUAAAGACUGCUGCCACCGACUGGGGACAGCUGUUCCUCAUGCAGGAGAAAGGCCAGACUGCUCUCAUGGGUAGCACCUACAUGAGCGCCUUGGAGGUCGGAGGCUUUGUGGGCAGCCUCGCAUCGGGCUUCAUCACUGACAGAGCUGUGGCUCGGCAAGGCUUGGGCACCCACGGCAACCCUCGCCACGGCCUGCUCAUUAUCAUGAUGGCUGGUAUGUACGUGUCCAUGUACCUCUUCAGAGUCACCAUCACACCUGAAAUCCCGGAGGAGGCUCCUCUUUGGGUCCAGAUCAUUCAUCCCAUCUCUGUCCUCAUUGGCGUGUCAGAGAAAGAGAUCUGGAUCCUCUUCCUCGGUGCUCUGUUUGGAUUUUCUUCUUACGGACCAAUCGCCUUGUUCGGGGUGAUCGCCAGCGAAAGCGCUCCUUCCAAUUUUUGCGGAACCUCUCACGCUGUCGUCGCUCUGAUGGCUAACGUGGGGGCUUUCAUGGCAGGACUUCCCUUCAGCACUGUUGCCAAACAGCACAGCUGGGACACGGCUUUCUGGAUUGCUGAGGUCAUAAUGGCCGGCACCACCGUUUGCUUCUUCCUCAUACGCAACAUGCGCACCAAGAUGGGACGGAUCGCAGAGAAAGUGGACUAAUGUAGCCUCCUGACGAGGCACAACAGCCAAUGUGAUGGGACGGACUCUUAACUGCACAUGAAUACAAAUCCAGUUUGACCAAACAAACUGCUGUCAGACAGGCUAGUCUCAGACAUUUGCUCCUGAAUAACUGGGUUGAUGUAGAUGCUCAAGGUCGGUGUGAGCCAAUAGAUCACUUUAUAUUCACGCUUGUACUAUACCGAGUCUUUCACCAGCACAAACAUACAUAACUGAUUAUCACAAGCUGAGACUUAACGCUUCCACUUCCAUCCUUUAUUCUUGUCGAGAUAUUCAACGGUUGCUUCACGACAGCUGUUUGCUAAAAGAAACCUGAACUUAAGGUUUGAGUAGUUUUUGUAGAGAUAAAGUAUAUAUGUGUUAGUGAUGCACAAUAUGGACCUUUAUUUUUCAACCAAUACCAAUAAGAUGACUGAUCAUUUCUCAUUUUUAGGCUUUUAAAAAUAUGUUUAUAACCUAUAAGUUAUGCACGCCUGCAAGAAAAACAAAGAACUGACGUUUUUUGGUGAAAAAACUUCACAAACAUACUUCAGCUUUGAAUGAAAUCGUCCCAUAUAUAUCGUGCAUCCCUAACAUGUGCUGCUCAUUGCGUACCUUGCCUUCAGUGGAGGUCGGUUAUUCAGUUAUUAGGCCUGUAUAUUCUAGACUAGUGUUUGUCUAGGCAUUUGCACAGAUGUGGUAGCGUGUAUCAUUUUACUAAUACCUCAAGUAUUUGUAAAAAAAAAAAAAAUGUAACGCAUCAUGUCACAGAAAUGUAGUAAUCUGAGAUCGUGUUAUUUUUAUACACAGUUUUAUGCUUCGUGAUACAGAAUGUAACACCGAUUUGGUGACCGGGCCACGUCAGCUUUUUGUGAUCUGACUUGUUUUUAAAGGAUUGAUUUGUCACUGCCACUGUACAGCACUUAGAACACCGGGUUAUAUACUGUAAAAACUUCCUCAUCUCGGAAAUCUGUGAGCCACGUUGGUAUAUCUGUAUCUUACUGGAAUUGUACAAUGGACAUGAAAGGGUUAAGAACAUCUAAUAAAUGUGAAGAUGA